AUGUCAGUGGAACCAAAAAGAGCAUUUGAAGAUCCGUACACGAUUUGGGAUACUGUCAAGAGAUUCCAUGUUGGAUGGAAAUUCUUUGGAUUGGCUCACUUUUCAGUCGAUGGAAAAAUCGAAAAUGGAAAAAUAAAAUUGGAGAUAUUUGAUAUUUUAGCAGCAAUUAUUAGUAAUUCGAUAGUUUUGUACAUCGUUUACUUGAAUUAUAGUCAAGACUUGACAAUCAUAUCGACCACAUCUGGAGUAAUUAACUUGGGCAGUCGAAUGGUUUUAAUUUAUGAAAUUGGAAAUGUUUUUACAACCGCAGUAAUUAUGAUGCUUAAAAGAUAUGACGUUUGGGGUAUAUUUUAUAGAUGUCAUAAGCUGGAUGAGGAACUCAAGACAUUGACAAUGUUUACUGAUCACAAGAAGCAGCAGAAAAAUUUGUUGAUCAUUAUUGGACUUUGUUUAUUGCUCUUCUUUUUGAUGGCUGGAGUUACAGACCCAAAACGUGCUCCAUACCUAAUUUUAUCUUACAUGACUAUCAAUGCAUCCAUGACAGUCACUUUACUCACUUCAGCAUUCCUGCUUUACUCAAUUUUCAUCCGAUUUCGUCUCAUCAAUGACUCAAUCAAGAAGUUCUUUGUCACUGAAGAGGAAGACGAGCCUAGAAAAGAAAAACAAUCCAAAGUUUUAUGUAAAAUUGUUGCAAAGCUUGCUGACUUGCAUGACAGUCUAGUUGAUAUAGUUGGUAGCUUCAACUACUGCUUCUCAUUCACACUGAUGCAUGUCGUUGCUGGAAUGUUUUUGACAGACAUUUUUAGUAUUUUUGCAAUUUAUCGAGUCUUUGUGCGCUAUGACUACUCGCAAUGGGAAGCAGCUGUGAUUCAGUAUGUUUGGAACUUGUACUUUUUAGUUUAUGGAUUCAUAAUUGUGAUGCUUGGAAGUUUAGUGACUAGAACUGGGAAGUAUACAGCUGUCAUGGUCCAUAAAGCUGUCAAUUACAUUGAUGACGAUGAUGAUCCGAUUAUUGAUGUUCUGAAAAUGUUUUCACAACAAAUGCAACAUCGAGCACCAGUUGUGACCUGUGGCUUGUUUACUUUCGACUUUACAUUGUUAUUUACGAUUAUUGGAGCAACAGCUACGUACAUUGUCAUUUUAAUUCAAUUCGAUACGGACGUUUCUGUUUCGAAUAAAAAUGUGACAUCGAUGUUUUCGAAUAUUUCAUAUACAACUGAAAUGAUGGAAUUGUAA